AUACAAUAAAUCUGUCUUUUACCUGCAUCUUCGCCGCUCGUGUGCAUUUUUUCGCCUGAAAAUCGUCACAGUACACGACAAAGUUUCAAUUUCUGCGAUCAAACUAAAGAAAACGCUUCAAUCGCCGAAGGCUUGAAUUUUUAAACAUUGAGUUUUAUAACUAAACCACUAAUUAUCAAGUUCGUUUGAAAUACUUUUUUUCGUUAAAAGAAACCCUCCGUGUCCAACUUUCCGUCUUUGAUGUAAAAUUAAUUCAUUUUAAUUAAAGAGAGCCGAAUUCAGCCGAAAAGCUAUAUAAAGACCAAUCACUCCACCCUUCAGUAACGCAAUGGACAACAUAAUCGAGCAAAGCUUCAAAGUUAACACACAGAUAAUGACUUUUCUGUGUUGGUAUCCGCCUGAAAAAAAGUCGCCGUUGUUUCAGGUUCGAAGAUAUUUUUUCUACGUUAUGUUGUUGGUUGUACCCACUGUGUUAACUUUGAUUGAUAUAAUCGUCGAGGGAGAUUACGACGACAAGCAGACUAUUUUCGUAGCAGAAACGAUUAGUUUCAGUUUUAAAAUUUUACCGUUUUUGAAGAAUAAUCACAGGAUUAAGAACUGCAUAAACUACUUUGGUCAGCCAGAUUUUUCACCAAAAGACGAAACACAGGAAGACGUAAUAAGACCGUGUGUGGAGAUGUGUCAAAAAAUAUCCAAGUUGUAUCUAGUGGGGUGCUUCAGUGCCCAAGUUAUGUUCGUUUUGCCGUCACUGGUGUCAAAGAAUUACGAGCUACCGAUGAAGAUUUGGCUGCCUUAUGACGCAACAAGCGGAAUAGUGGUGUAUUAUUCAACGAUUUUGUAUUUUUUUGCAGCGUGUUUAUAUGCAGGCUCGGCCACUUCACUCAUUGACCCUCUGAUAGGAGGUCUCGCCUACCAUUCAACAUCACAGCUACGAAUCUUAAAAAUUCAACUUCAAAAUCUCAGUCCUGGUAACAUUUAUGGCGACUUAGUUAAGUGUGUACGACAACACGAAGCCAUUUUAUGUUUUGUAAACGAAUACGAAAAGUGUUUCUCCUGGACUAUGUUUAGUCAAUUUUCAGGAACCACUCUUGGAAUUUGCUUCUGCUGCAUAGCUGUGACUACUGUACCUCUCGCAAGCAUCGAGGCCGUAAUGUACAUCACCUUUUUUUUUGUCGUUAUCUCGCAAGUGUUCUUUUAUUGUUAUUUUGGUACUCUACUUUUUGAAGAAAACAAUACUUUAAUAAUGGCCGUUUAUGUGAGUCGCUGGUACGAAUAUGACGUUAAAGUUAGACGGGUUUUAAUUACUUUGAUGGAGCGUUCGAAACGACCCAUGAUUGUGACUGCAGAAAAAUUUUUUGAUUUGACUUUGGAGACUUUUUCCAAGAUGAUUAAGAGCAGCUACUCUUUAGUGGCUGUGCUUAAAUAAAGCUACAUCGUCGAAAUAUUAGUCUAUUAUAUAUGUUGAUGUUGAAAUUAAAUGUGUGAAAGCAACCAUUUGUUACGCCACUGGUAUAAACACAUAUGCAAAAUCUAGGGACAAAAAUAAAAGCACUAGACCGUUGAUUA